AUGACCCCACCCCCGGUAUAUGUCCAGCGCUGCGUUGACUUCUGUGGUCAAGCCAGUGGGCUUCGUGAUCUUCGUGGCAUGUAUCCAGAGAUACUUCGUCCGCUUCUCUGGCAGUUCUCACGGUGCGGGCGACGUUUGCAGUCCACUAUCACGGGCAGCAAGAAGCAAUUGAUGCUCAAAAUUCGCCAGUGGAUCGCGUGCGCACGGGCUGAAAAGCUCUCUCAUCGCGAUGGUCACACUUUGAUUAAUGCAACCAUUGCAAUCAAGAUGAAAAAGGGUGAGAUUGGUGGGGAAGCUGCAUUGGUAACUGAAGGAAAAACGGUUAGUGUCCUAACUGGGGAUUGUUUGCUCAGUGCCCUUGAGAUCCCAUUCCCUAUCGCCGCGUAUGUCAUCGGGAUGAUGAACUAUGCCGUUGCCGACCCUGGAUAUGCAGAUGUGCAGCGGAGUGAGAUUUGCUCCGCGCUGCAUCCCACAGGGGGCGAAUGGCCCAUGGAUAUCCUGGAUCGGAUGCCCCGGCUGAGAAGUUUUGCCCGAGAACCCGUUCGGUGUGAUACAACUUCAGUGUAUAAUUAUAUAGUUCAUGAUCCAGUACAUUCCCCAACUUGUUGUCCGAUUUUCUCACCAACUGCAAAUCUGGCUUUGGUUACGGCGACGCGCCGUCUCCAGCAGCCAGUCCACCUUGACAGUAUUGGUCGGACUUUGGAUCGCGGUAGCUUCGUUGCCAUGCCUGCGCAGUGGUUCCACCAGGACCCUAACAUCUAUCCUUAUCCCGAUAGCUUUGACCCAUGUCGUUUCUACGACCAUAAUACUCACCGCUGCCAUCCCCGUGCGGCGACGAGCUACCCGAACUUCUUGCCCUUCGACUAUGGGGCAGGAAUGUGUCCUGGACGAGGAUUGGGUAUGCGCCAGGCACGACCUGUCUUUGCUAAGAUCUUUGUGGCCUUUGAUUUGGGCGCUGGUGAUGCGAACUUUGGCAUGGAUUUUCUACAACCUCCAAUUGAGUGGCAGAACGCUCUUGCACUCAGGUGA